AUGUCCAUCGAGUCCCAGGCUCUCUCAGGCUGUUUGCCUCCAUCUUUGCUCGAUGUUCUGUCCAACUCCAUCAUCCUCGACAACACCCUACCGUAUCUGCCGCUCUCAACUAUCUUUGCCUUGGCACGAACAUCCCGCUCUUUGCGAGAGCUAUUCCUUCGCACAGCAAGCGUCUUCCGAUACGUUGACCUUUCAAAGUGCCGGGGAGCUUACGUUCCGCCCAAUCUCCUGUCAAGAAUCGACUCCGGCGGUCAUUCCUGGCGUGCAGAACGAAUGGACGAAAAUCUGACGGAAGACGAAUUUUAUGCUGGGCCACUCCGUGGCGUCCUAGCCAGAUUGGGCAAAAUGAAAGUUCUUCAGAACGUUCAGACCCUCGUCCUCGACGACCUGGCGUCGGUGACCGUGGACCUGAUCAAUGACAUCGUCACGAGAAGUGAAUAUAACGUACGUCUCCUCAGCAUACGGCGAUGUCUCAACGUCAAUCAAUUCAAGCUGCAGCAGCUUCUCUGUCACCUUUGUCGACUAAGUAGACCUGAAGGGACUCCUCGACUACAGGGGUUAUAUGUCUUCACGCCUCCAUCAUCGCUCAGCCAGGAACAGGCCUUCGACUUCAGUCAUGCCUUCCACUACAAUUUCGAUACUGUGGGCACGAUAGACCCUGAGGGCGUUCAGCUGGGAGGUCACGCUCCUACGAACGGGGGGGCCAGAUCACGCGACGUGGAACCCUGGUAUGAUGCGUCUGGCCAUGUCAUAUCUCAAGGCCGUGCAGCACGAACCUCCUGGGAAGAGACCUUGCAAACAUGCCAAGGGAUAAUCAGCUUUGAUGCCGUCUUGUGCACCCACAUGCACGCCGAUAUGGCCUCUGUCCUUCACCCAGCUUCUAGAGAAUAUCUCACGGAUAACAAACCCGGCAUCCCUCCCCUAGCAAGCGUGGCCCUUGGGCCGAGGGGAUGUGCAAGCUGUGGCCGAAGCCCCCACGGAGCACCUGUCUGGGGAGAGAGCGAUCUCCGCGCUUUCCCACUCCUAUGGCCUCCACCGCACACAGGAAAGCUGGUUGAUGCUGUUCGACCUCCACUCCGCCUAGCUGAAGAUGGACGGAUUCUUCCUCAGCGACUCAUUGUUUCCUGCACCUGGUGCCUCACAAAUCGACAUUGCGAUAGCUGUCAUCAAUGGUGGUGCGCUGAUUGUUACAACCCGGAACGCUCGAAAAGACUCGCCUACGUGGAAAACUUGGAGCACCCCGGAGGACCAAAUUUGACUUCGAGAAUGGAUCGAGGGGAAGAUCUAACUCCGCCAGGGGGAUUUUUGGCUAAUAGCGAUCCUCUCAAGGUAUUUAAUGGUCUUUGUGUUGAAACCUGCCUCGUUGCCAAAUGUACGGCCGGAGCGAGUGGUGGCGGUGCUGGGGGAUAA